CUUUGACAAUGAAUUUUUCUUGUGGUUGUCUAUUUGACAAGUCAGUAAAAGAACCUCAUUUUAAAAAGUCAAAAUAUUUCGAGGAUCUAAGUGCAAGUUUCGCCAUCAAUGCUAAAAAUGAGCAAUUAGGUGCCCAUUAUUCUUGGUUAGUUCAAAUGCAUAAGCCUAUUUUAAAGCAACAGCCAAUCUAUGUUGAAGCAACGUUUGAAAAUCCAAGCGAUCCUCAGUCUCCUAUUCAUGUACCAGGCGUUCAACUGGUUCAUGACACCUUUGAGCACCCACGCUAUUACUUUCUGUCACCCGCACUUCCUUCUCUAGACUGUAAAUUAUAUGAUGUCAAAUUGACGGCUUACACUGAUAAAUCCAAAAGGCAAGCGAUAGCAACACAUGAAAACCAAAUCUUAUCAAGAAUCAACACGGAUACAUGUGCCAAAGCCGAGUUUAUGGAAAGAAUGGCUCAAGCAUCAAAAUAUGCCGAAUGGGAAACAAAGCAAUAGGACACAUAUCAUGUUCAUUUUAAUAAACUAUACAUCAACACUCCAACCUAUCCGUCACCUACCUCUUGUCACUACAACAACCGAUUGGUAUGACAAUAUACCAAUGAAAGUUCUGUGAAACCCAUUAUGCAGUUUUAUGUGACUGUUUGUAAAAAAUCUCCCUUUUUCAUUCUCCAGUGGAAAAAAGAUAGGAAAAAGAGAGGGAAAAAAAAAGACAAAGAGAGAGAGAAUGUCCUUUCUCUCUUUUUUUUUUUCUGAAAAAGAAAAAAGAAAAAAAAAA